AUGUUAUUCCCUUAAUGGGUAUUUCGGAUCUGGAUGCUUGGAUAGAAAAACUGAAAGACAGUGUUCUCCCUAGUGAAGACGAAAUAAAAGUACUUUGCGGAAAGGUUAGAGAAAUUUUGGUCGAAGAAGGCAACGUUCAAGUUGUCUAUGCCCCUGUAGUUGUCGUUGGUGAUGUUCACGGUCAAUUCUACGACCUUUUAGAACUUUUUAAAGUAGGAGGUGAGCCUCCUUGGACAAACUAUAUUUUCUUGGGGGAUUUUGUUGAUCGUGGAUAUAACUCCGUAGAAACCUUGUUGCUACUACUAGCCCUUAAAGUUCGAUUUCCCGAUAGGGUAGCCCUUAUACGAGGAAAUCACGAAAGUCGCCAAGUCACGCAAGUCUAUGGGUUUUAUGAAGAAUGUGUGAGGAAGUUUGGUUCAGCCACUGUUUGGAGACUUUGUGCUGAGAUAUUCGAUUGCAUGAGUCUCAGCGCAGUAGUAGAGCAAAGAGUCUUUUGUGUUCACGGAGGACUAUCACCGGGUAUAGAGAGUUUGGAAGAUAUUGAGGCCAUUGAUAGGAAACAAGAAGUUCCCCAUGAAGGUCCUAUGUGUGAUUUAUUAUGGUCAGAUCCAGAAGAAGUCGAGGGAUGGACUUUGAGUCCUCGUGGGGCUGGAUAUCUUUUUGGUGAGGAAGCUGUCCAACACUUUUUGCAUGUCAACCACCUGAACUUUAUUGCUCGAGCCCAUCAACUGGUUAUGGAGGGUUAUAAACAAAUGUUUCAAGGACGCGUUGUGACUGUUUGGUCAGCACCAAACUAUUGCUAUCGUUGUGGUAACGUUGCAUCUAUUAUGGAACUGGACGAGAAUCUGGAGAGAAACUUCAAAGUAUUCGAAGCCGCACCAGAAAGCAGUCGUCCGGAAAAGGGAAGAGUAAAAGCUCCAGACUAUUUUUUAUGAUUGUUGCAUGCGUGAAAACAUUCAACAAGUAGUAUUCUGUCCUUGGUGAUUGUUAACACUCUCUUCUUCUGCUUGAACGAGUUCCCAUGUUGAAGCAAAUAUAUGCUUCCCUAGUUGU